AUGACAAGGAACCUCCACGAGUACAAAUCUCCCAAGGUAGUGGCCACUUUCUUGGUUCAGUUUGAUACAAAAACUGGCUACAAGCUCGUAUGGUCCAAAUGUAACCCAUCAUUAUCACUUUCUGGUAUUGAAUACAAAGCUUUACCUUCCGGAAUUCAUGAAUGCGACAGCAGUACGGUGUUUAUUGUUCAUAAAAACGACGAUAAAAUGCUCUAUGGACUAAGUCAGUACCGUAGCGUGACCGAGGGUGAUAAUGAACUGACGGAAACGUCGGUGGACCGGUCAAAAGUCAAGAUGUAUUCAUUGGGAAUUCUUUGCGAUCCGGUGUCAAAGUCAUGGAAACCAAACGAGUAUAUCAGUACUGGAUGGGAACAUAUUGAAUCGUUGGAUUCCACCCUCUACACCUUCUUGCGGUUACAGAGCUGGAACGAUUAUCUGGUGUUCGAAGAACUUCAUCUGAGCUUAACGGGAUCACAGCUUUCUCCAAAUCCCAUAUCUCCCAAAACAGACCACCACCUAUUAAGUGCCUUGCCUGAUCUUCUCGAUGUUUUGGGCCCAUUGGUGUUUGUAUUGUACAAACAGUGUUUGUUGCGUAAACGUAUCAUGUUGUUUCACCAUGAUCCCGUGAUUUUGUCCAACUAUACUGCUGGCGCUUUUACCUACCUUCUCUCGUUGAUAUCUCUCAUUUCUCAGGACACUGAAACAAUUCAGUCUAAUAUAGUGUCCAUGUCACAACCGAUUUAUAACGUGGGCCUUCAUGACCUUUCGGAAAAUGAUAGUGUUUUAAAAACUCCCCACAUAAUAACGGUUACCAGUGAUGAGAUCCUCAUGUAUCAGGAUGUAUACGAUGUGGGGGUGUCGCUUCCGACUGACAACUCUGGCCAUGUAAAAAUUUGCUAUGCCAAUGGUCAAGCAACCAACUUCAAUGCCCCGGCGAAUCAGUUGAAGGCCACUCGUCAGGACCUACAAAAAUUCCGCUCCGCUUACAAACGGUUUAGAAGACUCAAGAAACGCCAACUUGGCUCCAAUGCAAUAGCGACGUUUUCCAAUGAGGAACUAAGCUCGAUUAAUACCUCGACAUCAACCAAGUCGGGGCUGAGACAAAACUGGCUCUUUUAUGAUCCUCAUCUGGCCGAAGGUGAACCACUGUGGUGGCUUGAAUUUGCAACCGCUCCCAUGUCUUGGCGAGAAUUCAUAUGGUCGGCAUUCCUGUGGUUCGCCAGUGCCGGCACGGUGAAUCGCGAAGACAAAGAAGACGAUAUCUCUGCUGAGAAUGACGCUACAAGAUAUCAACAACUUAUUGAAUUGGUAUCGUCGUUCCAUAGACUCACAAGAAAGUGGUUCAGCAUGAUUAAUGACAUUGUAAUGCAGGAACUCGAAAACAACGGCGUGGUGUAUACUGACGGACACCCACUUCAGGAAAAAUUAUCGAUAGAAGUCACCUACCAGGAUAUUUAUGAUAUGGAAUUGGACCCAUAUGCUUAUUCAGACCUACAGUUCAUCCAUGAAUUUGUAGCGACAUACUGGGGAGAGAUUGUUGGCCGUGUGCAAAUAGGGACAGGUAUUGGAGGUGUUUUCUGCUAG